CAGUCUAAUCUCGAUAUUAAAAUUAGUAGUAUCAAAAUGUUCUCCAAAAUUUUCGCUAUUGCCAGUUUCGUGGCUGCCGCCAACGCAGGUCUACUGGACUUCUCCUCGCAUCACGCUCCAGUCUCCCACGUUUCCCACGGCUCCCAGAUAACUCACGCCGCCCCCAUCGCUCACCAUGCCUACGCCGCCCCCCUCGCUCACCAUGCCUACGCCGCCCCCGUGGCGCACGCCUACACCGCCCCCGUAGCCCACCAUGCCUACGCCGCUCCGAUCGCUCACCACGGCUACGCCGCCCCCGCGCUCAUCAAAUCCGCUCACCACGCUGAAGAUUACUACGCUCACCCCAAAUACGAAUACAACUACGGUGUACAAGACGGCCACACUGGCGACCACAAAUCCCAGCACGAAACUAGAGACGGAGAUGUUGUUAAAGGGUACUACACCGUCGCUGAGCCCGAUGGUACCUUGAGAACCGUGCAUUACACCGCUGAUGACCACAACGGUUUCAACGCUGUCGUGGAAAAGUCCGGACACCCCGUGCACCCUGCGCCUGCACCCGUACACGCUAAGGUCCUUUUGGCCGCUCCCGCCCACCAUCAUGCUCCGAUCUACCACCAUUAAGAAAUUAAUGAUGUUGCCAUUGAUAUAUUUGUUUUUUGUUGUGAAAUUAUGAUUUGUGUGUAAUAUAUUUAUUUUGAAAAAUU